AUGCUCUCGUCGCAUCGCAAAGCUGACAUCAAGAACGAUAAAUCACAGGCAAAAAGAGCACCAGUGCUGAUGAGGACCAACCACACAUUGAAUUCACGACCGCAGCUGUCGGAUCCGUUGACUUUGAAGCAAGGCAUGUACGGCACCACUGUCCCAGCCCAAAGUGCCGGGGAUGGGCACGCCGAGGAUUUCGAUGGGACUCCCGAAAGUUCGCCCCAGGACUCGGCUCUAGCAAAGGCAAUGGCGUGGCUCCGCGACAUGACCAUAUUCAAGGCCAUCCUGAUCAUCUAUUGCCUCAACAUCGUUGCCUGGGGAGGCAUGAUAUUUCUCUUACUCUGCAACGCCUCCCCGGCAAUGUGCUAUCCAACCUGCAACGACAUCAACUCGCCUCGCCGCAAGUGGAUUGAGAUUGACUCUCAGAUCCUCAACGCCCUAUUCUGCGUUCCAGCGUUUGGGCUCUUCCCACGACGAGCCCUUCAGGCUUGGCAGCUUCUCCAGUUCGUUGUCCGUGGAGAUCUAGUGGCCCUCCGUUGCCUAGCUGGCAGGUAUCGGACAUGGUUCCGGCUCCCAGGCUCUCAGAUGCUCCCCGCGAGCGUCGGCCCCGACGAGGUUGAGAACUGGCUGUCUCUACCUUCUGCGACGCUGAACAUCCUACCACUCCCCGUGCGGCGUAUCCCUGAUGCGCCGCCGACCGGACAGCGCGCGGCGACGACAUCCGUUCGGAUGCUGGGAGCGGUAAUUGGACUAAACAUGAUGAACACUGUGUUUCAAGCCAUUCUUUCCGGGUUCAUGUGGGGUUACAGUAGGCAUUCCCGGCCGGGUUGGUCCGUUGGGUUAUUCUUGUGUCUGGCAUUUGCUGCUUCGACUGGCGCCGGCGUCUUGGAGUUCCUCGAGGGGAAGAAGGUUAGGAGAGUCGAGGGCCGGUACCGGUGAGACUCAUCUGGAGGUUCAUUUGACUUGUUGUUUGAUAAUGUAUUUGGCAUUCCCUAGUCGUUCAACUUCUAUAUUGGUAGGGACGGUGAUUGAUAUUCCUAUACAUCAAGCCGAUACGCCUUCAUCGCUACUGCUUGACUCUCAGGUGCCAGUGUACAGCAGGUCGAGGUUCAGGGGUCAUCAACUUGCUAAUAAAUGCGCGUGCCCGAUGUAGCGCUGGAGCUCAUAAAACUUUAAUUAUGAUACUCCACUCUACCCACCUCGCGGCCCCAGCCACAAGUCUACGUGUUUCCCACCACCCCACCGUUUUAGUUUCGUAUCUCGCUCGCUGUUCGUUCUCCUCUCUUCAUCCCAGUGCCUCCCUCGUUUCCUCUUGCCACCUUCUUCGUUGCUCGUUGCUCGUUCCUCUUCGUCGUUCGCAUUCAUCCAACGACACUCCGCCUGCUUAUGGCACCGUCACCAAUACUCGCACCUCCUGAGACGUCAAACCUGGCUCCAGCCAGCCGACGGCGACCACACCGCAAGUCAAGAACCGGUUGCGCUGAAUGCAGGAGGCGUCGCGUCAAGGUCCGUCACCCUUGUUCCAUCGACGAAAAAAACACCCCCUGAGAUGCGACUGACUCGUAUCAUCAGUGUCCCGAGCAGAAGCCAAGCUGCCGGUCUUGCGUCCGUCAUGGUGUCCAAUGUCAAUAUCCGGACGCGACUCUGGCGCCCCGUGUAGGGCCAGCGGAAGUCUAUUCGUCCCCUGCAUUCUCGGGGAGUAAACAUUCUGCACAUGUCCACGCCCCGACACUAGUCCCCGAUCCUGCCAGAGAGCUUUCGCCGGUGACGGAACCUUCCGAAUCUAAUACUCGCCGUACCGUAAGCGUAAGUGCGAGGUUCGGGAUGGAUGAUAUGUUUCUGCUCCAUCACUGGACUCUUCACACAAGCCGAGACUGGGACCCACUAAUCGCCGUCUCAAUGGCGGCGGUCACAGUGACGAUAAUGUUCGAUCUCGCAUCGUCCGCGCCCUCGGCACUGAAUGGAUUCCCAUGAUACGCGGUAUCGAGGCCAUCCUCUUACCCGUGUACGAUCGUGUGCGCCUCGGUCCGUUGAGGCCCCUGACCGACAUGGGAAACUGGGAGGAGUUGGAUGUCGAUCAGUACGCGCCCCCGGACGAUGACUGGUUCCGCCGGGUCCGUGACCUGUGGCAGCAGACGCCAGAUGGCCAGUGCUACGAGGAUACGCUGCAGGUUCUUCGCAAGUGCCGCUUCUUCUCGGCCCAGUUUGAGACGAUGGACCAUGCGUCAUUGGAAGAAUGGGGAUACAACCGACGGUGCGCUGGGCCGUUGGCAUUCUUGCACUUUGCCCCCGAGGAGUUUAUGUCGCGCCUGCACCAGCGUCAGCCCCCGGCGCUGGUUCUUUUUGCUUACUUUGGGGCGCUGCUGUAUGACUUGAAUGACUCGUGGUUUCUCGAAGGAUGGGGUCGCGAAGUGGUGCAGGUGAUUGACGAGAUCCUUGGCGACUACUGGUCUCCCUGGAUGGCAUGGCCCAAGAGCAGGGUAGGAGUUACUUGAUUGUACGAGGUGUCGAUUCUUUGUUGCAGUCUAGGUACAGUUCUGUCAAAGUGCCUCGAAUGCAAAGACAGUGCCAUAGUAUAUCUAUAUUAUCUCAAAGCGUGUUUUACUUGGAAUAUAUUGUUGUAAUAUAAUGGGUUAUAGACUUAAAGGAUAUGCAAGAAGGGGUAUCCCCUCUUCUAUACAUAUAUAUAUUAACAUGGGCUCUUUCUCUCCCCUUUGCAUUCACAUAGCUCAUAACCAAUUACAACACACAUACUCGUGCAUACGCAGCUAAACUGCGAGAAAAGGCUGCGGUUCGUCCGACUUGCAACGGUAUAUUCAACCCCCAAGUCGAGCCAAUUAUGGCAGAGCGGUUCGGGUGCCAAAUUCCAUCUUCAACCUAUCAUUGCUGAGCUUGGCCUUGAGCAUAGUCAAGACUUCACCAGGAUGGAUGUAGUUGAAUAGCGCCAUCACUAUCAGCAUGAGAGCAGCGUCGAACAGGUAUAGGUACACUUCAUGACUGAGGAGGUAACCGCUGAAGCCCUGCAGGUACUCGAUGGCGCGGAAGACGGAUCGAACCAUGAUGAGCACACUGGUGAUGUAAAGAGUCGUCAUGUGCCUCUUCCACUCUCGGUUGCUUUUGGAGGCACCUGUCGGUGCCCUGUUAAUCUUGACGUUGAGCGAUAUGGCCGUGAUGAUGAAGAUGCCGAAACCGAUCAGUUGCAGAGACCUGCGAUGAUGAUGUUGGCACCGGUAGUCAAAGCUUCCAAGGUGCCCGAGGCCUGA